GUGCUUUACAGGUUCUUGUGAUACGGGAUGCGCUGGACAGAAUAGACACUGAGAAGAGUGUUCAAUGUUCGUCGCUGUUUCCUUCUUAUUUAGGACGAGGCUACUGAUGGGGCAAACAGAUAUUGCAAGCCUACAACUUCCCAGUGGUGCCUUCACCGGCGACAACUGGGGCGAAACCGACGCUCGGUUCGUUUACACCGCCUUCAACGCCCUUUCCCUCCUCAACCGUCUCGAUGCAAUCGACAUUGAUGCAUCCAUUCAGUACAUCCUCUCUUGUCACAACUUCGACGGUGGCUUCGGCUUCGCACCAGGCGACGAAUCCCACGGCGGCGCUGCAUUCGUUUGCUUAGGCACCCUCGCAAUCGCCCAAAAACUCCACCUCAUCGCAACGGAUCAAUGCGCCUCCUGGCUCUCCGAACGUCAACUCCCCAAUGGGGGCCUGAAUGGCCGUCCAGAAAAACUCGAAGAUGUCUGUUAUUCUUGGUGGGAUCUGUCGUCGCUGUCGAUCCUGGGCCGGGUGGAUUGGAUUAGUUGGGAGAAGCUUAUGGAGUUUAUCUUGUCGUGUCAGGAUCCAGAGGGUGGUGGGUUUAGUGAUCGGCCGGGGAAUAUGGUUGAUGUUUUUCAUACAUUGUUUGGAGUUGCUGGGUUAAGUUUGUUGGGGAUGGAGGGGUUAGAGGAGGUUGAUCCGGUUUAUUGUAUGCCGAAGAAGGUCAUGGAGAGGGUGAUGAAAGGGCGGCGGUAGUCGUAAAGUCAACGUGUUCACUUUGGGAGAAUUCGGACCUUACAAUCGAUAUUUCAGCAUUCAGUUCACCAAUCGUAC